UAUACUACCGAUCUCCACCGAAGACACUAAUCAGAACUAUCUGAGACAUUAUCCAAGUCGAGAACAGAAGAGAAAACCACAGCUCCAACAUGAAGUGCUUUAUUGUUCUAUCUGCUCUUAUCGUCGUCAUUGCAGGCCAAAGGUUAAUUCCAGAAUACAGGCAACCAGAAAACAUCCCGAUUCCCUAUUCCUUCAGUUAUGCCGCUGACACCGAAGACGGAGGUCGAAGCGCUCACCAGGAGUCAGGGGAUGGUAACGGAAGGGUUACAGGAUCCUACACUGUCCAAGGAGAUGAAGGAUUCGGUCGCAUUGUGGACUACAUAGCAGACGAGAACGGAUUCCGAGCAACCAUAAGAACCAACGAACCAGGCACCGCUAACCAAAGCCCAGCUGAUGUCGUCCUUGAAUCAACCGCCCCUGAUGCUGCUCCAGCACCGGCUCUCAGGGCAGCUGCCCCAGUAAGCCCAAUAAGACCAGCCGCCCCUGUUGCUGCAGGAAGGGCAGGAGUGCGAUAUGUUUUAGUACCUAUAACUGACCCCAGAGCUUCCGGAUAUUACUAAUGAAAUUAGCCUUCUCGAAGUUCCUUUUCACCCUUUCCCAGUGAUUGUUAGUUGUCUUCAUGGUUUGUUUACACUUUUAGGUAUUUUAUAUUCAUAAGAUGUUUGUUAGUGCUUUAUUUUUUGUCAUGUUUAGAGCGCUCUGAAUAAAAUAUUUUGGUGCUUGA